GUAGCGAUGAAUCUUUGAUGGCAGAGGAAGGGUCACUUCCUGCUCCUGGAUCUAAAGAAAAAGCUCCUUUAAGGGGCCACAAAGGGCCCCCAGCUCCACAAAGGGCCCCCAGCUGCCGCCAUCUUUAAAUGCUCCCUUUCAAAGCGUCACAUUGAGUGGCGGGAAAUGUUUGGGAGGGUUUAUUUUCUCCUGGGGAACAGUUAGCUGAGGCAGCUAGCGUCAGCAGGCCGCCAUGUUGCUCCUCCUCCUCCUCCUCCUCCUCUCCAGCAGCGGCUCCUCUCUCUGAACGCUGGCCGAACCUAUGAGCUCCGUGGCGGGAUCCCCUCACUGUGAGCUCCGGGGGCCGCAGGGCUCCGGCAGCCCGCAAAGGAAGCGGCUCCAGCGGCUGAUCAGCGUCUCCGGCUGCGGGCCGAACAGGAGCAACGACCUGCUGCUGCUGCCGGCAGAGGAGGCUGCAGGGAGCGGAGAGGAGCGGAGCCUCAGCAGGCACCUGGUAUUCUUCCAUGGAGACAUCCAGAACUUCCAGGAGGAGAUGCUCCUGCAGCCUGAGGCGGCCCAGUGGCUCCCCUGGAGCCUGGAGCAGGUGGCCCUCAUCCUGGCCCGCCGCUUCCCCCACAGGAACAUCUGGGUGGUGAGGGCCUCCCGCAUGUACCUGCACAAGUUCAGCUGCUACCAGAACUUUGUGGAGAGCAGCCCGUUCGGGGCCCCGGAGCACUCGGCCCACGGUGGAGCUCUGCUCCAACUCAGAACCCUGCUGACCAACGCCAUGGAGCGAGCCAAGCUCCCAGAGCCGCUCCGGCCCGCCGGCGGCGCCGACAGCAUCCCCCCCGGGUUCUCCCUCAUCCUGGUGGGCUUCAGCAAAGGCUGCGUGGUUCUGAACCAGGUGGCGUACGAGCUGGCGGCGGCCCGGGCCGACCCCAAGAUGUCCGCCUUCGUGGAUCGGAUCUCGGACAUGUUCUGGCUGGACGGAGGACAUCCGGGCGGCAGCGAGACCUGGGUGACGGACCGGAAGGUUCUGAUGGAGCUGGCUGCCUGCGGCGUCUCCAUCCACGCCCACGUGACCCCCUAUGAGGUUCUGGACCCCAUGCGGGCCUGGGUGGGCCGCGAGUACCGACACUUCAUCCGCACCCUGGAGGAGCUGGGGGCGUGUCCUAGCAACAAGCUGCACUUUGAGGAGGAGCCGCCGUCCAUCGAGAACCACUUCAGGGUUCUCCUGGAGUUCUGAGUCAGAGGAGGCCGCCGCCGCUCUCUGCUCCUUUAGAUGCUGCUUCUGGUGAGAUGGUCUCCAAGCUCCCACGUCAUCUGAUGACGGGACCUGAAGGCCCAUCAUCAUCAGCCUCUCUUUUGCACUGGUGGGACGUGUCCAAGCGUGGUGGACUAUGGACUAGUAGCUGACGAGUCUCUGAGCGUAUUUGCAUUCUGACUCUGCAUCCUCUGAUGCUCCUGCAGACGCUGCUCCUCCUCCUGAGAUGUUUUCUGUUUGUCCAAAGAAAUGUUGAGCUAAAAGCUCCCAUUGGACGUCUGAGA